GGAGAAGUUAGAACUCCUUAACAUUUGCAACAAUCGACUCUGUCCUGAGAUAAUGACGACAGCCAUGCCUCGUUUAAGCGGAGUGCGGCUCUCAUCCCCUCUCUUUUAUAUCUUAAGAAGACCGGCUUCUACCUCUCCCCUCCGGCUGGCUGUCCCUUUACCCGCGACACGCUCUCUCACGACAACAUCCUCUUCUCCUCCGGGACGAAAACCCGCCCAAUGGCCUCGACAUUUCCGUUCAAUUCUUUACGCUAUAAUAUUCGGCUUAUUUGGCUAUCAUAGCAUUGACCGAAUUGUGGAUCAGUUCGCGGGUCCUGUUUACCAGCCGGACACACCAGAAGAUCAGGAGGCGCAGAGACAAAUCCGUGAACAGUUUGACAAGUUGAACAUUGUGAAGGAGUUAAGAGAAAACCCGGAAUUUGUGGAAUGGGAGGCAUACGGGAACUUUUCGCCUGAAGAGAAGAGAAAAAGGCUUACAACCGGAGGGCUCAGGGGUAGUAGAGCCCUCUCGUCGCAGCGCGUAUUUUGGAACGAAAGGGACAAAACCGCCAUAUCUGUCCUUUUCCUUGGUAAUGGAAUUGACGGAUGGCCCGGAGUAGUCCACGGUGGUGCGCUGGCUAUCUUACUGGAUGAAGGCAUGGGUCGAGUCGCUCUCCGCUGUGUUCCAGCGCGCACCGGUCUCACUGCCAAUCUUAACAUAGACUACCGCAAACCAGUUCUGUCAGGCCAAUUCUGUACUGUAACUGCUAAAUAUGUCCCAGAGAAAAGCAACGAUCGGAAGGCUGCGAUAAAAGGGGAAAUCAGAGAUUCAAUGGGCCGUCUAUGCACCGAAGCGAGCGCACUGUUCGUUGUCCCACGCACCCUGACCCUGAGAAAGCUUGGCGAUGGCUUUUGAAGUAAGUUAAAACGAUUAUAAAAGGUUUGCAUCGCUUUGAGUGGUCUUUUCUGGGCAAUGUUUUCCAGCUAGAAAGAAAUACUGGAUAGCAACACAAAUCGCACGGCACAGGUGAAAAUGUCGGCUCUUGGUCAAAAGAUAGAAAGCCUUAAUAAAAGGCCGUGAGAUCCCAAGAUCACGUCCAUCCUUUUUAGGGAGUUCAGACACUACUUUUUCAUUUUGCACUUGAUACAAAGUCAACUUCUCACGCAUGAUGGUAUCAAAGUGCGCUCUUGUUUCUCCACAUCUGCCAGACAUGCGAGGGUAGCUGGGUUCAAGGUAACCCUAACCUAGUUUGGCUCCAUCACCGGAGAAGGUCGAUGCAAGUCGAGGCACGGAGGCGGUGUUCCGUCGAUCCCUUCACUUUGGCCCCAACGAAGAUUCUUAGUAGGAUUGGACUCUUGGCCAUUGAAAAUGCAUUGUCCACGGAUACACAAACAAAAAUAUUAUUUUCUGGUUCGUUGAACACUACGGAGUACGGAGUACACGGACGAAUUGCGUUAGCCAUUGGUAAGGUAGUUCACCACUAAACGAGCCACACCACUAAACGAGCCAAAUCUUCCACCACCAACAUUCCUCCAAUGUUCCACAUUCAAUAUGCAACAACAUGGUCAACAACACCUUAAUUAGGCUUGCAAUUGAAGAUCUUGAAUCACAAGAGGCCCCAAAUUACACUGUGGCUGCAAGAAAGUACUCAGUCAACCAAGAGACCCUGCACCAACAGCAUAAAGGCUUGCAACUUGCUCAGGAUGAAGCAGCCUCCUGAUAUAAGAAAAAGCUCUCUGAUAUACAGGAGGCAGAGCUCCUGAAUUAUAUAAACAAGCUCUCUAGCCGCGGCCUUGCCAUUACAUCUCAGAUUCUACAAAAUAUUGUACAAGAGAUGACAGGAGAGGAUGUUGGAAUCAACUGGGUUAAUCAAUUUCACAAGCAGCAUAAUAACAAGAUCAAAUGCAUUUAUC